AGCCCAGGACUCCCAGCAGCUCUGAUUCUCUGCGGAUGCUUCCCCAAACACUGCUUUCAAGUGAAGAGCCUCUUUCUGUUAAGACAUAUUUUUGAUUUUGGGCUGAAGAAAAAGUUAUCACGAAAAGAUGGACUGGAAUGCAAGACCACUCCAGAAUGCUGAUGCAAAGAACCUGCAAAGUGAAGAAGCAUGUUACCCUCAGUUGUUUUCUAGUGCACAUGCUUUUCCUCAGACAAACACCUGUUCAUCUAAAAAUGCAUGCACUUAUGCUGGAAAUAACCAAAGGCUGUAUCUACCAAGCAGUAAUGUUGCUUUGCCUCAUGUAAAUGCUGAAGGGUACAAAACUUCAGAUCAGGCCUUAUCAGGAGCAUCUGUAGCUGGUAAUGAUUUUUUUAUCUCAAAAUAUGCAGUUGAUCGAAGACCACUGUCCUAUGUACCAAUUGCUCCAAAACCAACCAAUCAAACACAACAUUUGUGGACAGAGAUGUCUCACACUUCUUGGCCAGACUAUAAUGCCUACGUGUAUUCCCACAGAAAGUUACCUCCUCUAUCUCCUCAAAUGAACACUGGAAAUAACUCGAGGAAUGUACUUCGGGAACCUCAGUAUAUCACUGCAAACAGUAGCACGAUGCCACAGCAAAAUCCUACAAGUACAAUAUUAUGUAACAUUCAACCCCCAAAUUAUUCCAUGCCUCUUUUUACCCCCGGGCAACAUGCCCAAAGCCAAGUAUACCAUCCGAACACUCAGUUGAAAUUUUUGCCCUCAGUGAACCAAAACACUGAAGCAAAUGUACAGCUGCUACAGUAUCGACCAAGUCAGGUGACAUCAGAAGCUCCUAGUGGAUGUUCUGUACCAUCUUUCUUGCCUGCUAACUGUGAUUCAAGAGCUGCAGCUCAGACUUCAACAGGUGUACCUCAGGCAGUUCAAAAUGUCCCUAGUGGAUACACCAUUAGCAAACAGAGGCACUCAUCAGACCUAAAAAAUGCUUCUGGUUUCAACAGUGUUCAGCAAAAUUGUCAGAAACAGCCAUCUGGAGAAAUCAGUCAGUCACUUAGGUAUGUCAGCACUUCAGGUGGAAAUGUGACAGCAAAACAGCCUUUUAAUGAAACAUCUCCUAGCAUUUCCAAAGAACUGGAUGAUGCAAUUCAAGAAACUCUUUCUUCGGUGGCUGCUUCAAGAUCACUGAGUGAUCUUGCUUCAGUUCAGGAAAGCCAGACUAAUAGUUUAAUGGAUGGACCUGUUAAUUCUCAAAUUUUGCCAGGAGUAGCAGAUGGAGGACCAGUUACAAGGGACAGACUAGCUUGGGAGGCUCAAAAGCUGCUCAAUAUUAAAAAAAAAUUUGCACUGCUUCAAAAGAUGCAUAAUUAUAAAAUACAACUCCUUGUAGCUUCAGAACAAGGCAAAAAUACUCCUGCACUUCCUUCAAAUAAUGGAGAUAUUCUUGCUAAUCAUCUUCCACAGGUGUCCAACCAAAGUGUACCACCUUCCCCAUCUGAAACAGUGAGGACAGAGAGUCAUGUGAUUAACUCUUCACCUGAAGAAAGAAACCACAAAAAAGUUACCAGUGCUGAUAACACCGGGUUAGCGGUAGUUCAGAGUAACCCUCAGGUGGAUCAGAGAAGCUUUUCAUCAAGCUCUGCUCCUAAUCCCCCCCAGAGUGAAUUCCCAGCUCAAUUCAAUAAUCCUGAGAGUGCUCCCAGCGUGGCACAAAGGGAUCCAUAUGCCUUGGCCUCUUCUCAAAAACCUGUGACGUCCUUGAACAGUGCUUCACGUUGUAGUCAAGUAGAUGGCUCUGUCAAAAUUGCAUCAAACAAUGUGCCAGCUAACCCCAAGAACUCAUCAUUUCUCCAGUUUGUAUUAAGCAGCACAAAUGCAUUAAAAGAGGAGACAGCUGGUGCUACUGCUGAUAAAAUACUGACUAAUCUCUUGUGUAGUGAAAAACCAGUGGUAGAUACAUCUGUCUCAGGUGGAAGCUCUGUAAAAGCUUCCACUGGUGAGAAGAAAGCACAAAGUUUGAAAGAUGAGCAGACAAACACAGUGCACACAAACUCUCUUGUAUCAGAAAAAAAAGAAUCUGGUGAAUUCAAGAGUGCUGUAGCUCAGAAAAAUACCCCAUUUCCUGAAAAUGCAUCUUUUAAGAACAACUAUAGAUACUCUGUGGAAGAACUAACUGCAUGCCUGGGCUUAUGGAGAAAGCAUCAGUCAAAAUCCCUAAGUGUGCAAAAUAGCCAGUCAAGUCAGAAUGCCACAGCAAAUCAGAUUUCACCUUACAGCCAAAAUACAAAAACUAGAGAAGAAAAUAAUGUCCUGUCUAGUACAGCCGAAGCAACUUUACCUGUAUCAGCUGCUUCUGUAGGACAAAAUCUUGAUUCAUCAAGUUGCAAUUUGGUAAAAAGUUUUGAACUCCAAGUUGCAGUUGUCUCUCCUUUAGUGCUUUCUGAGCAGAGAACAGAGACUGAGCAGGCAGACAAAUGUCCACCAUCUACAGGGAAAACCUAUCCAGUGAUUGAUUCAGGAAGUAUAUGUAGUUUGCAAGAAAAGGGGAAAGAUGGCUUAAGUGUGGUAAAUACCAACAAGGAAACAACAGAAACUGUUCAGUCAUCACCCAGUGACUGUGUUGUGGUGCAGGAAGUGGACUCAUGUUUGCAACAGACCAAAUCAGCUGAUAGAAACAGAAUGGUAAAAACCAGUGUAAGUGUAAAUGAUUCCUAUGAUGAAAACAAAAGGAAAGUUAGUCAAUCUCCACGAGAUGCCAGAGAAAAUAUGCAUCUUGUAGUACAAAACAAGCCUUCUCUUCCUGAACUGGAGACAAAUAAUUCUAGUCAAGUCUUUCAGAAAGGUGUAAGAGACAAGGAAGCUGUGUUAGAGACAGGAGAUACAUCAGCAGCUGUGUUAGAAGACCACAUGUUGUGUAUUUCUAGUGUAUGUUCUCUUGUUGAAGGUGAUACAUUUUAUAAUCCACAAAUAGCAAGUAUGUUCAAGUCAGGCCCUGAGACACGUGGUGCCUCAUCAGAAGGAAAUGCAUCUGUCCCAACCCAAAAGCAGCAAGAGAUGGACUUGUAUAAAAAUGAUCUGACAAAUAGUACUUCCCAAAGAGGGAGCUUGCUGCAAAACAUGUUGGAAGAAUCAUCCAGCUGCAUGAGUAGUGGAGGUAGGAUUUUGGAUGGAAUACAAACUGGUCGUGUGGAAAAAGAAAGCAGUGGCAAUUCUCAUAAAACAGUUUCUACCUCAGAACAAAAACUGCCAUUCAAGGCAUCUUCCAAGUAUCCUGAAAAUGACUUAGAAAUUCUUGCUAGUAUAAACCAGGAGUUAGCUCUAAAUUCACUGGAUUUCUCAGUCAGCAUAACUGCUGAAACAAAUGCAAGAGACAACAGUAAACAAAAUUACAUGUCUAUUGAAAAUUGCACAGAAAAAGACAUGAAUCUUUUUGGAGCAGAACCUAUUAGAUAUCUGAACAGUCAGCUGUCUGAACUAGUGAAAGAAUUUCCAUUCGGCAUUGAAGGUGCUGAUAUGCUGACAAAAGAACCAGUACAAAGAGAUGCUGUGGCUGAGCAAAUGGAGAAUCCACCUCAAAAAGAGGCUCAAAUUUGUGACAAGAGUUCUCACUUGAAAGACCCAGUAGCUCAGACAAAAUCUGCAGUGUUAAGCUCUGAUAAGGUGCAGGAAUUGUUUCCUGAGCACAGCAACAGAGUAGUGAGUCAACAGUCAGAAAAAGCUUCACCUGAGGAGAACCUGGAAGGCAGUGUUCAGCCGAGUCAGAGUCUAUGUGAGAAGAAAACAACACAAGAAACCUCCAGCCCCAUAAAUACAAAAGAUUCUUCUUCAGUGGGUUUGCCGUCUGAAGCAUGUAAAACACCACAGUCCCCCAUUAAACCUGAAAUACCUGUUUCAGAGAAAAAUUCUGAUCAAGUUUCAAAAGCUGAAAGUACUAGCACUGCAGAGAGACAAGAAAACAACAGUAAAUCUGAUGCUGUAAUGAAGAACAACUGUGCAGUGGGAAACUUGCCAAUUCCUGAAAAAAUCCCAGAUGGUGGUAGUGAAAAUAAAAGAGCUAUUUGCAAGUACCCCUCAGUAACAACUAAAAACCCUAAGCUAAAGGUGACUAACAAAAAUAAGUCACCUACAAUAAAGCAGAAAAAAAACGAAUCACAUGAUUUCUCUGAAAAUCCAGAUGCUGAUAAAUCUAAAAGGAGCAGCUCGAAGGAAGAGAUGCAAAGCAACAGAGAAACUCGAUUGUUAGGCAAAGAAUUUAUUUGUGACAAAAACGAACAUCAGACAGUAUCAGAAGAGUUGUCAGAAAAGGCUGGUAAUACUGAGACAGACAACAGGACAAAGUCAUCCAAAGAGAAAAAGAGAGUUUUUAAAAUUGAGUCCCUUUCAAAAGAUAAAACCAAAACAGGUUUGGCUGUGAAAUCCAAAGUGGACAUUAACAAAUUUACCAAGUUAGAAACUGUUGAAAUGAAGCAAGUUGAACUUAAUCAAGGACAAAAAAUUAAAACCUGUGAAGAGAACUCAACUGAAGAGCAGAACUGCAGGAAACAAAAGGAGAUGCUUGGGCAAGAGAUAGGAACCAACAUCAAAGAGAAAGCCAAAGUAUCAGCAGAAAUAAAACGUGACAAACUGAAUAGUCAUCAUGCUGAUGCUAUAAAGUUCCCAAACGUUGACACUGUAGACUUAAAGACAAGAAACCACAAAUAUUCUCAGCAUAAAUCCGUGAAAGUUCAUCCUUCACAGGAGCAGUCGUGCAAGCGGAAGAGGAAGGAAAAUAUGAAAAGAGUCUCUAAGAAAACAAAGGUGGAAGAAGAAAAAUCAAAACAAUCCGAAGCACAGAAUUCCAAACAGCUUUCACAUAAUUGCUUGCUAAAUACUGAGAGAGCUAAAAAAUUUAAUGGAGAAAAUGGCUGGAAAGUGAAGAGUUCAUUAGCAGAUCGCUCCAUGCUUAAACUACAGAGAAAAAGGGCGCGAUCUUCUACCAUGUCUAAAAACUACUUUUCUAACAAAGAGAGACGUCUGGAUGGUCAAAACAAAGACAAAUGCUCUGAAAAAACAUUUCCUGAUAAAAACCUGUUGUUUUUAAAUAGAAGAAAUAACAGAUUAAAACUGCAUCUUCAAAAGGAGCCAAAAAAACAAUACCUGAACAGAGUUGCAUUUAAACGUAUGGCACAGGAACGUAUAUAUCUGACAAAAUUAGAGACAUCACCUGUCAGGGCUGUCUGGCACUUGAAGUCCAAAGUGUCACAGAACAGCCCAGGUGUGAAAAAGGAUCCUUCUGUCUCAGAAGCUGAAAAAACAUGCAGCUCAGAAGUACUGGAAUUUAAGCUGUGUCCAGAGAUACUGUUCAGAAAUGCAACCACUGAGGAAGAAAGCUUAGCUGCAAAGGAUUCCCUGGAAAGAGAUAAAGCCAUUGUGGCAGGUGUCAAGAGUAAAAAAGAAGAUUGGUUAAAAUAUGAUCCCGUGAAGCAAAAAAAGCUGGAAGGAAACUUCACAGCUGAGGACAGUAUUCCACUUGAUACAGCUAUACAGAUCCUCGAUGGAGGUGGGGAGGCUCUUCAUAUUCCAAUCAAAGACUCAAAAGAUAUGUUUCAGACCUACAGGAAGAUGUACUUGGAAAAAAAGAUGCAAAAGCCUUGAUAGCACUCCUGUAUAAUAUGUUUUAUUCAGUAUCAUUGCAGAAAAAAUGCCAACACAAAAAUGCUUUUUCCUGUUCAUUUCAUAUUUCUGAGUAGUUAUAAAAAAGAAGAAAAAAAGGUUUUUUUUUUAUAUUGGCAAUUUCUGCCUUUAUUUGUCUCAUAUUUGUGAAUGAUUCAGUCUUAUUCCCUGUUUAUUGCACAAGUAAGCUUUGGUGCUGAAAAUGCCCUUUAAAAUGUAUUGUUUCUCUGGCAUGUUUGAAUACAUUUCUUUUUUAAAGAUA